AUGACUACGAAAAGCAGUCUCCUCAGCAUCUUAUCUUCUUACAACUCCAACGUCCUCUUAGCUGCUCUCGUCUUCCUUCUCUUAGUCGUCCUCUUCGUCUUGCUUCUCCAUUUCUACGCCCGUUUUUUCUGGUCACACUCCGACCAAGACUUCUUAGCCGCUCAAAACAGGCUGAGAAGAAGACGAAUCCGGAGAAGAACGGUCACAACGACAAGAAUUAUACCUCCUGUUCCACUGGGAGGUGUUCAUGGUGAAGCUUCUGUUGCGGGUACGACAAGCGAUGACAAAGGUUUGGAAUCUUCAGUCAUUUCUUCUAUUCCUCUGUUUGUUUACAAAGACGAAGAAAACGAAGAAGAAGAGGAAGAGGAGUGUGUGAUAUGUCUUGGUUUGUGGGAAGUGGGAGAUGUCGGAAGAAAGUUGAGAUUUUGCGGACAUGGGUUUCACGUUGAGUGUAUAGACAUGUGGUUGUCUUCUCACUCUACUUGCCCUCUCUGUCGAUCCCCUGUUCUCGCCGUCUCUGAUCAAGAAAAUCUCAAAACGGCCAUUAACGACGACGAAGUUGAUGGCGUGGAGGAAGAAGAAGAAGCAGAGGCUACUCUGCAGAUGUUUCCAGCCGGAGGAGAUGAGAACAUGGUCGCCGGUGAUCGGAGAAUUUCACUGUCGCCGGAAGAUAAUGUCAAAGCAGGGGUGGUUGGCAACGGUGAAGGCGGCGUUGGAGAAGGAGAGGUUAGAAUUGAAGUGUUGGAUGAGGAGAUCAACGGUGGAGGAGGAUCAAGAGGUGAACGGAGAUCAACGUCAUCAGCAUCGAGUUCUUUGAUGAGGAUGUUGAGUAGUAGUAGAAGUAGAUCGGAGUGUAGCAAAGUGUUCCCGUCGUCGGCGACGCAAGAUUCGUCUUCAUAA